CAAUGCCUGAAAACGUUCCUCAACAAAAUGAUAGACCUUUAGAGGCGCCUUCUUUAAUAGAAUUAAGCGCAGAAAUUGUGGCUAAUCAUGCUGAACAUUAUUUGUAUACAGGCAAACGUGAUUUAAGUAUUUCUGAACGUGCGGCCGAAGCUUUUUUGACUGCAUCGUCAUCAUCUAAAAUCUCAGAUUCGAGAGAAGCAUCACCUCAUGGACAUAGCCGAGUUGCUGGCCUGCGUGAUCCUGCUGCAGAAAAAGCAUUAAUUCAAUACCAAAUGAUCAGUGAACGUCCUUCGACCCAAUCCAAUAUUCAAGGUUUUCUGCCUAUACGUCCAUCCGAAAUGGUUUUGCACAAAAUUUGUGAUCGUUGGAGAAAUACAGAACACAGCCAAAGCCCAGAAGAAAUUGAUAAUGCUUUAAAGCCUUUUUAUUCUGGAGAUAUGUGCCCAGUUUCUAUUGUGGAUCUUUCUGGUGUUCAAAUAACAGACAGAAUUUUGGCUGCUCUUUUGAUUAAUCAACGCUAUUCUUUGACUUCGCUAAGUCUGCUUAGUACAAAGGGCAUCACAGCAGCCGGUAUUUGCUCACUCCUUUACAAAACAAAAAUUAAAUUGCAACAUUUACAUUCUCUAAAGUUAAAUUCUUUGGAUAUUUUACGUGUUCCACGUUAUCGUCAACGUUACCAACCUUCAGUUGGAUGUGUUGCUCUUGAAAAAUUAGUUUCAAAUUUGAAUAAAUCUAAUCGGAAAAUGCCUCUUGACUUGAUGGAGGAUAAUAUUCGCCGUCUCUUUUCAAACGACAAUGUAAUACGUUCUGAGUCGUUAGAUGAAAGUCAAAUGGAUGAAUACAAGCUACGUGCAAUUAUGGAACACAAUGAAGCUCAAAUUGAGUCACCGCCACAAUUUAUGCAUUUUUGUCCGGCUUUAGAGCAUCUUUACCUUCUUCAAGGUCAUACCUACAGCAUCGAGGAUGAAACCAAAUCAGCUUUUCUUGUUCGUAUUUUCUCAGAAUUGCCAAAUUUAAAAACUGUUGAUUUGUCUGAAUGGGUUAUUCAUGACUUUUUACCUCUACAAAAGCUUCAUUUUCUAACAACUUUAGUGCUUUAUGAUGUUCGUGAUUUGGAGACUUCAAUUGAUACAAUUGCUACUUUAACUACUUUGAAAAGUCUAGACAUUUCUCAAAGUGAUCGAACCAAUGGGCAUUAUACUCGUCCAGUAACUUCUUUACAUACAUUAAUUACUUCUUUACCAAAUUUGGUUAGUUUGGAUAUUUCUGGGACAAAUUUGACUUCUGCUUCUUCUGAUAAUGAUCGUCCUUUUAUUGGAAGAGGAAUAAUUAAUAGUGACAUCCCAGCCUUAUGCUUUUUACGUCGUCCUUUAAAAUUUUUGGGAAUAUUUAAUUGUGAUAGUAGUUCGCAAUAUACAAAUAUCCCAGCAGAACGUAUUAGUGGUGAACAUGGUGAAGAUCAAGUAUUGACAGCAAUGGAAGUAUAUUUGGAGAGACCGAAAACAAUGCAUACAGUUUUAAAUGAAAGUUAUCAAUUAUAUCGUUUUGGGACUGAUUUGGUAUUUUUUUUUUUUGAAAGUUUUAAAAAAUUUUUGAAAAUUUUUUUGAUAUUUUUUAAAAAUUUUUUUUUGAAGUUUUUUAAAAAAUUUUUGAAAAUUUUUUCUGAAUUUUUUUUUUGAAAAUUUUUUUAUUUUUGAAAAUUUUUUUAGUCUUGUGUAGUUUACCCCCCAUAAACCCCAACACCUUUUUUCUUCCCUCUUUUGUUUAUAAAGUGAUACACUGCGUUCCAAAAUGAUACGCACCCCUAGUUUUUUCAUGUU